AUGCCAACCUUUAGCUCCAGCAACAAACGCUCUCACCACCGCUUCCUCCCAAUCCCCCACCUCACCGGCUUCCGGCGGCCCUCCCAAUCCGCCAUCGCCGCCUCCGGCCACGGCCAGGCCCAAAUCGUCACCCAACCCGACGAGACCCUCAACCGGCCACAACACUACCACUCCUACAACCACCCCGCCCCAACCUUCCACGACAGCAGCAUGAUGGCCUCGUCACAAGCCCGGCCCCCCCAGCACCACCAUCACCCGUCCACCCCCCGCGUCCGCUUCGCCGACGACCACACCGGCCCCCACGGCAGCAUCUCGGCCCACCACCCGCGCACCCACUCCUCCAGCGCCAGCGCCGUCUCCUCCGGCGGCACCUCCUCCUCCCUCGGCACGCACUCCAACCCCGUCAGCACCUGCAGCAGCCGCACGAGCUUCGACCUCGACCCCUCGGGCCCCGUGGCCGAGUGGUGCCACCAGAUGCACAUCAUGCAGUCCCGCCGCUACGACUGGUGCCAGGCCUGCUACCCGCGGCCCGUGCAGCCCGUGAGCGAGGCGGCGCUGCAGCAGGCGGCCGAGGAACAGGCCGUGGAGGCGCGCAGGUUGCUGAUGGUGCAGCGCGUGCAGCGGCAGAGGGCAGCGGCGCAUGCGUACCAGUGA